AUGAACUCUGUCAAUAACAAAUUAUUUGUCUCCUGGACUGGCCUUAUUCUUGGGCUCGCGUUAUCGGUCGUUGUCAUCGCUCUGCAUCGUCGUUAUUUUUCCGACUUGUCAGACGUUCCGGGGCCUUUCUGGGCAUCUGUGACUCGGCUUUGGCACGUAUGGAUCAUCCUAGAAGGUAAACAAAAUUUGCGACUCAAGGCUCUCCACAGGAAACAUGGGCAGUUCGUUCGCAUUGCCCCUAACGAGGUCAGCGUUUGUCAUCCACACGGAUCUGCACUACUCCUUCGCGCCAAUCUACAGAAAAAGAAGAAAGCUAUUUCGAAGCACUUCGCACCAGGCUAUGCGUUGUCACAAGUUCUCAAGAAAGAGCCAGAUGUCAAUAAGAACAUCGGGUAUUUACUGCGUUGGGUAGAAAAGCACGCCGAAGACCGAGUGCCGAUGGAUCUGGACAGAUUUAUAACAUAUACGACUUUUGAUAACAUAGGCUCCGCCUUAUUCUCUGAGCCAUUCGGAUUCAUUAGGGCAGCUCGCGACAUCGGCGGGACGUUGAGGAACAACGUUGCAUUGAGUAGAUUUGCGGCGGUCGCGGGUUUCUUCAUAGGCCCUUUGCGUAUCCUUAUCAAUCCUCUUAACAGUUGGUUGGUGUUUCUACCUAUGGGACGCCUCUACAGAACCACAUCAAAUGCCAUCAAAAAGCGGCUGAGUAAUCCUGAAGCACAUAAUGACAUGGUCGCUCAUUGGUUGAGCGCUCACGAAAAGUCUGACACACUCAGUCUUCGAAAGAUCGAGGCACAGGCCAACGUCAACGUGGGAGCAGGGGCCGAACCUGUUUCAUCUGCAAUACAGAGUCUUUUGUAUCACCUGAUUCAGCAUCCCGAAGCGUGGCUCCGAGUUCGUAACGAGAUUGACGCCGCGAAAGCUGAAGGCUCGUGCCUUGGUCGCGUUGUUUCGUAUCGUGAUGCCGAGAAGUUAACAUACCUACGACCUUGCAUCAAGGAGGCUUUGCGUAUGUUUAGCCCCACGACCAUGGGGCUACCCCGCGUAGUAGCAAAAGGAGGAAUCAACAUCGCAGGUCGGCAUUUUCAGGAAGGCACAAUCUUGAGCAUUUCUCCGAAGUGA